AUGUCGCCUUCGUCAACAAAGGGCAUGAAACGGCGCAAUUCCUUCACAGUCAUUACCGACCGAAUCGAACACGAUCCUGCCCACCACCUUGCCGGCCCCUUUAUGCCUCAGACACCGUUGGGUAGCUUGACGCCCGUCGAAGAACGGAAUGCGUCACCGUUUCGGCGUCGUACUUUUUCGCGCCCACCUGUGUCUCCGUGGUUGCGGUGGGCAAUUGAACCAGUGGAAGCAUUAAAGCUGCUCAUCGAAAGUCUUUGGAACCUAUUCUUUCCCCCUAUUCUCGGUCCAUACCCCGAUACCCAAAGCGUGAACCCUUUUGGUGUUUUCUUCCUCCUGUCGCAUUAUAUCCCCACCUCGACACCUGACGACCCGCGUUACCAAAAAGGCUGGUUUGACCUAGUCUUCAUUGCUUAUCACAUCGUCUUCUGGUCCAUGGUUCGCCAAUUUGUCACAAUCAACAUCUGUCGACCUAUCGCUAAAUACUUUGGAAUUCGUAAAGAAGGUAAACUCGACCGCUUUGGUGAACAGGGGUAUGCUGUGUUUUAUUUCUUCAUUAUGGGGUGUUGGGGUUUGCGCAUCAUGCACCGACUGCCUACAUGGUGGUACCGAACGGAAUACUUCUGGAUUGACUACCCCCAUUGGGAUAUGAUACCCGAACUGAAGCGUUACUAUAUCAUGCAGAUGGCGUAUUGGUCUCAGCAGCUGCUCGUUAUGCUUCUAAAAUUGGAGAAGCCCCGCAAAGAUUACAACGAAUUAGUAGCACACCAUAUCGUCACUAUCUGGCUGGUGGGAUGGAGCUACCUCGUUAACCUCACGCUAAUCGGCAACGCUGUUUAUAUGAGUAUGGAUAUUCCAGACACAUUGCUAGCUUUCUCGAAGCUCCUCAAUUACAUCCAAUGGGAGCGGGCCAAAGUCGUUUCAUUCGCCCUUCUCAUCGGCAUCUGGACAUACUUCCGGCAUAUCCUGAAUUUAGUAAUAUUGUAUUCGGUGUGGACCGAAUUCGAUCUUAUUCCUGAGCAUACAAGAUUAUGGAAUCCCCCGGAGGGUGUUUGGUUGCCUUGGUGGAUGAAGUAUCAGAUCUUCGUACCCAUUGCACUACUUCAGCUUCUCAACCUCUUCUGGUACUACUUGAUCAUGCGGAUUCUAUACAGGGCUAUCAUGACAUCAGUGACUGACGAUGUGCGCUCCGACGAUGAGGACGACGAAGAUGAAGGAAAAGAUACCAAGGAGGAUUAA